AUGGAUUUAAGUUUAAAGGGCUCGCAGAUAAAUUUGGUUACACGACAAAAGCCUAAACCCAAGUACUCAUCACAAACAAAUCUUUUAAAGCCCACAACACGCUGUUAUUCUAGACCUAGAUCGGCUAGUUUUUUCGAAAGACGUUCCUUAACAUCUUUGCACUUAAGGCCUCAAUCGGCGGAUCCUAAAUUUGGUAGAAAUUUCGCAAGCCCAUGUGGUUCUUACAGUACACAGGAUUCUGAUUUUUCUAAUUUGAAUUUGAGCAAAAGGCAACAGAAAAAGUUUCAAUCUGUGUCUUCCUCAAAUCUGUUGAAAUUAUUAUUGGAUGAACCUAUUAAAAGGUCGUGGUUGUGUAAGGAUUCUACAAAUAAUAGUGAGGGAGAUGCAUCUGAAUUGAGUUCUUCUAGGAAAAGUGGCAGUUAUAAUUCAUUGCAUAAACCGGUGAAUAACGAAAAAUAUAUGAGCACGAUAAGAAAUCCAACUAGAAAAAUUUCAUCAGCUACCUCUUACUCUAUGCUACAGGGUGCCAAAGACAAAGUAAAUCGAGAGGAAUACUAUAGCUAUCGUACAGCAUCAUCUAAACCAGAUCUUCCGGGUAGAGUAUCGUUUUCAAAACCCUCCACUCUGCAGCUGCAAAGUGAUGACAAUGAUUCUAGUGAUUAUGAAAAUUUAAAUACUUAUGUGUUACAAAACUCUUCUAUAACAAAAUCAGAAGAUAUAUCUGCACCAGGGCCUAUAAAUCCCAUAGAUUAUUCGUUUAAAACAAAAACAGAAGUGGCUGCUCCAACUCUGCACAAGGAAUUGUCUUCUUUAAGUUUAAAAAAGUCUGUACACUUCGGUUCUUCCGCCAAUGGUGAAGAAGUUUUAGCUGAGACUUUUGAAUAUCCCAAGUGUCCUUCGGAAAAUUGUUCUUGCAGUACCAGAUCAUCAUCUUCUGGCUCCAUACAAGAAUCCCCCAGUCCUAAAUGUUAUUGUGACUCAUCUACUUGCAAGUAUCUAAUGGAACCUUUUGAUAAACUUCCUGAAGUAGACCCAGAAAUGGCAACAAGUAAUGAUACUAACACACCAAAAACAAUUCAAAAAACUAAUAAAAUCUCUUUGGACAUAGCAGAACCAGAGGAGUCUCAAGUUAUACGAGACUAUAAAAAUGCCAUAGGUGAACAGCUGGAAAAUUCAGUAGUAAAAAAUCUUCUUGAAGAAAAUAAACCAAAAUCUUCCUCUAACUCGAAUUUAAACAAUUUUGAAUUGCCUUCUUAUCUGUCCAAGUAUUCGAAUCCUACACAAACGCCGCCCGAUGUCAUAGAGAAGCCAAAUAAUUUAGCCGAACACAAAACUAUCAAUUCCAACUACAAAUCAGAAGUGGCUAAAAAAGAUUUUCUUAAAAUGGAAAAUCAAUUGGAAAGUCCCACAAAAAAGAGCUCAAGUGAUACGGUCAUUAACAAUUACUUAAAAGUGGCCGCCUCCACAUCUGCCAUUAUUAAGAAGAAGGAAAACAAUAAUAACAAACCAGAAGCGAAAAAAUCUUCAACCACAGGCAAUAAUAACUCGUUGUCCAAGCCAAAUCCCAAAACACCUUCCAUAGCGCCCUUAACGCAAAAUAACAUUAAAAAAGCCAAAAGUUUUGGUAAUUUAAGAGAAGAUUCCAAUUUGCAUGAAUUCAAUAUUGAUAAAAUUGACACUUGGAUGUCUAUGCAUGAGCAAUCCUCUCAAGCCAUAAGCACAAAGUCUGCACUAAAUGAUCAUGCCGCUUUAGAAGAGUCAUUUGAAAAAUUCACCCAAGAAACACUGGAAGCCAUGUCGGCUCUAGAUCCCGAAGAGGAGGAGGAUGAUGAUGAUGAGGAAGAUGAAAAAUCUAUGGAUCAAUCACAAGAUGAUUCAACAUACGAUGAGAUAGUAUCGGUGAUUAAAGAAAUAGAGGAGGACAAAAAGAAGGACAAUUUAGCCGAACGUGUUAAUUCGGAAAUGAAUUUAAAAUUGAGUACCACACCCAGUACUGGAACACCUCAUAGUCCACCAGAAACUUCUAAAUCAAAAGAAUCUCCGGAUAAAUAUAAAGAUAUUUUAAGCUAUUUGGAUAAUGUGGAGGAUAGUUGUGAGAAAACUUUAAUGGAAACCAGACGUUCCAUGCCAGACACCAAUCGCAGCGAAGUGGAAUUUGUGGUAGAACCAGAUAUAGCAGAGGAUGUACCCAAGCUUUCCGAUUUAUUAAUGCUGCCUAACCAUCAGUUAGCUCGCCGUGUUAUAGCUCUCAGUUUGAGGGCCAAUGAACUGGCUAAUGCUGUACACCUGUCCAAAGAACAUAUCAUGAAAGUGCGCACCGAAAAACAAAAAAGCAUUAGAUCUGAGAAAACCAAUGCCGCCAAUCGUAUGAAAGAACAAAAGAAACACUAUGAGGCCAUAGUCAAAAGGCAUCAGGGUUUCAUAGAGCAAUUGUUAAAAGACAAAGGAUCGCUGUGUGAAAAAGUGGCUGCUCUUACCAGGCGCUUGGAGAGUCAAAAUCAAGCGUGGGAACACAAAUUGGAAACAGAAGUAACACGUGUUAAAGAAAACACCAUGGCGGGAGAGAAAAUACGUCGAGAAAGAUGGGUGAGAGAGAAUACCAAGAAAAUUAAGGAACUUACGGUUAAAGGUUUGGAGACGGAAAUCAAUAAAAUGAAUUGUAAUCAUCAAAAAGAAAUCACCGAAUUAAAAAGAGCCCAUCAGCAACAAUUGCUGGAUGCUUUGGAAGAAGACCGUUUGAAACAUGAACAGAUUGAAAAAAGCAUAAGAGAGUCUUGUGCUCAAGAUCGGGAAUCUAUAAUAAGUAAAGAAAGAAAUGCUAUAAGAGAAAGAUUUGAGCGUCAACUGGAAGAAGAACGAAAUUCUUUUGACGAACAAAAGCAAAAGUUAAUAGAAGAUCAUCAUGGAGAAAAGCAGCGUUUGCAAAGUGAAUUAAAGUCCAAAGAACAAGAACUACAAACAAAGCGUGUCGAAUGGCAACAAGAAAAAGAUACGGAAAUGGAGCAGGCCAUUUCAGAACUACAGGAAAAAAUGUCGAAACAAGAAGAAAAGUUCCUUAAUCGUUUAAAUACCAUGGAAAAACAAUAUGAGGCCGAUUUUGAAAUGUGGAAAACUGAAUACGAAAACAAAUGUAAAGUCCAGCAGGUGGAAAAAGAGAAUGCCAUACGCCAACACUAUCGCAGUGAGAGAGAUCGACAAAUUGAUGCAAUUGUCCAAAGAAUGGAUGCAGAGGCGGUCAAAAAUAAUGAGGAGUUUGAAAAUAAAAUAAGCCGUUUGAGGGAGAAAUAUGACAAGGAUUUGCAGGAGCUGGAGUGUGUGGAAAAAUCUGUAAGAGAAAAAUAUGCGGAAACAAGAAGCAAAUUGGCUGAGUCUGAUGCCCAAGCAAGAAAUUUACAGGCCGAAAUUAAACAAUUGCAAAUAGAGCUGGAUCAUAGUAAGAAGAUGUGCUCUGAAUUUGUUAACGAACGUGAUCAAUUGCGAGAAAAUCUUCGUUCGGAUAUACAAAAUGAAGUGCAGUCCUUGAAACAAGAACGAGAUCAAGAAAUACAAAAGAUUCAUAAAAGAGUUCAACAGGCCAUUGAGAAAAAGGAUGCCACCAUCGACAUAUUGCAAAAGGAAAAUGGCAGUUUGAGAGAACGAUGUUUAAAGUUGGAGGCCGUUAUAAGGCAGCAACGAAAGGACUAUUGUGUCAAGUAAUUCAAAAUCACUUAAUGGAGAAUUUAAAAUUUUCCCAAAUAAUGUAUUUUUCUAUGCCUAAAAAAUAAACAUA